AUGCAAUCGUUUCUGGAACAACGACGGAUCUACAAACAACUCGAGAAGCAAUUCGUCGUCAAACACAACUAUCCUGAUGAUGUUUGGACCCACGAACGCCGAUACUGGUACAGAGAUGGAGGAGGCAUCUCAUCCGAAGAACGAUUUGCAGAUGAUGGGGCUCCAGCAGCCCGACGACGGGAGCAUGGUCAACGUACUAGUAUAAUUCCUGGACCAGCGCUCCAGCCACGACACUCCUUGCGUGCACAUCUCGGUAGAGAAGAGGAUAUCGAACGACAAGAUUGGCAUCCUGCAUUUGAUGUUGAUCCUUUUACUAUCAAUACCAGGGAUACGCUCGGCUCCAGUGUGGAUAUGAUGCUUACUGGUAUAGAAGGAUCCCGGGCACGUGGAGAUGUCAGCACUCCUGAUGGACUUGUGACGGAUAAACAACCCGGUGAAGAGGAGGAGAAGAUUAUAAUCAUCACCUACGAGGGUGACUGUGAUCCUGCCGAUCCGCAUAACUGGUCUAUGCCAGCUCGCUGUGCAAGCACGGCGCUUCUGGCCUUGAUGGGGGGCACUAUCUUGUUCUCGUCUGUCAUCGAUGCCACUGCGUUGACUAGCACGAGGAAGCUCUUCCAUACAGGCUUCGAGGUUGAGUCUGUCCCGACUGCCCUCUUUCUCUUCGGACUUGGAUUCGGUGCACUGAUUACUGCACCGAUCUCUGAGCUUGUCGGUCGAAAUCCAGUUUAUCUUACUUGCUUGCCAUUGUUCAUGCUCUUCGAUAUGGGAGCUGGAAUGUCCCAAAAUUUCACCACCCGCUGCGUUUGCCGUGGUCUCGCAGGCUGGUUCGGCUCCGCGCCUCUGGUCUGCUCGGCCGCUGCUCUAGUCGAUCUAUGGUCUCUUAUCGAACGAAACUACGCAUUUCCUUUCUACUCGAUCUUCGCCUUUCUCGGUGCAACAGUUGCUCCCGUCCCCGGUGCCAUAAUAAACUGGACACACUCAGUCACCUGGCGUUUUGUGGAUUGGACAACCAUCAUGCUAGCAGGAAUCUCAUUAUUCUUUGUCUUAUUCUUUCUUCCGGAAACAUAUAGCCCGGUGAUUCUGCACUGGAAAGCAAAACAACUCCGCCGCCUCACAAAAGACGACCACUUUCGCUCUCCUCUGGAGUUCAGACGCACAACCUUCUACAAGCGCCUUGGCCGAGCCCUCUACCGCCCUACCCUACUCCUCUGGACCGAGCCCAUCAUCAUCAUCUUUUCAUGCUACCUCGCCGUCAUCUUCAUCAUCCUCUACACCUUCUCAGCGGGCUUCAUAUCAGUCUUCUCAAAGAAAUACCAUCUAACAGAGGGCCAAACCGGCGUCACCUUCCUAAGCAUUUCCACCGGCGUCCUCCUCGGAAGCCUCCUGGUUCCUUACACCCAAGUCCUGGUCCGAAGAGACAUCUUCCGCGCUCGCGAUCGUGGCCAAUCACGUCCAGACCCAGAAACAAACCUCUACCUCUCCAUGUUCGGCGCCCCGGCCAUCCCCGUCUCUCUAUUCUGGAUGGGCUGGACGGCUCGCCCCAGUAUCUCGAUGUGGUGCCCGCUCGUAGCUGCCGUUCUUUUCGGGUUUGGCGUAUACUGUGUCUUUGUGUCGAGCUACCAGUAUAUCACUGCGUCGUUUGAGAAUCACGCUGCUAGUGCGCUUUCGUCUUUGCAAAUGUUUCGCCUCGUUGCUGCUGGUGUGAUGGCUGUUUUGGCGGACAUUAUGUACAAUAACCUGGGUGUUGCCUGGAGUAUGACUUUGCUUGGCGGUCUUGCUACUCUUUUCAUGCCUGUCCCGUACAUUAUGUAUAUUUAUGGAUCGCAUAUUCGGAGAUGGAGCCGGCAUGCAUCGAGUAGCGAGGGGUGA